AUGAGUACUCUCUCUGGUGACAGGAAGCCUCCAGUGGACUACGGCGUUCAGAUCCGCUUCAUCAAAGACCUCAACGAGACAGGCGGCACACCGGCAGAAAAGUCAAAAAUCAGCAACGCCACCUCACCCCAUCCCACCAAUAAAUACGGAGUAGCAGUGCGUGUUCAGGGGAUCUCCGGGCAACCCUACGUGGUGCUAAACGAUGGCGCCAAGGGCGACUCGUACGGCGUCCAAAUCAACUCCCCGGCCCCCAGCUCUGCUUCAUCUUCAUCACAGUACAAUAGCGCUCCCAAAAGCAACGGUACAGCUGAGUUUUCCACCUCUACCAAUGCUAGUGUGAGUAACGCACACUCACCUGAGGAAGAGGAGGGAGAAAUCUACCAGAGCCCUCUGAGAAGACCUCCUGGGGACGGUCAGGCGGGGAGUCAUGGGGAGGAAGAGUCUAGGAAUGCAGAACAACAAGUCAAAGCAGCUGCUAGUGAAGCACAGAAAAACCUGAAAUUGACUACUAAGGACAAGGAAGAGUACAAUGAAGCAGGCCUGAAACCAGUCAAGAUCAACGGUGCUGGACGCAGGGGGUACAACCACAACGGUUUCACAGGGUCCCCUUCAAAAUACACUGACAAGGAGGUUCCAAAAUCUCCUGCAGAUUCUUUGGCGUCGACUGACGAGAAGCCUAUUGACACAAACUCUCUCGCUCCGAUCAACAAACUCAUCAAUAAAUUUAAUAAUAGGACACCGGGUGGCACACCCCAAGCUCGGGGCCGGAGUGGUGCUCGGCAGCAGCUCAGGUUUGAAGAAAGAAAGCGAUCUAAGAGCCUGGAUGCCCGGAAGGAGUCUUCCACGCCAUCGCCAACGUUCAAUCCCUACGCUUUACCUCUAUCUUCAGAACUGUCGAAUCACGACCCCGUGCUGCGGGAAACUCGGCAGACAAGCUUAACAUCACAAGUGAGGUAUACUACCAAGGAGUUUCCGGUCAUAGCCAAAAAACCUGAGAUAACGCCGAGAACCCAAAAAUUUGGUGGUGGGGAGAAGGCUCAAGCCAAGCAAGCUAUUUACAAUACACCCAAAGAAGGCACCAGUGAGAAUGAAGCAUCCCUCGACCGCAAAACCAACCUUGUCUAUGAAACUACGAGCAGCUUGAAGGAUGGAAACCAGAAGGUGUUUAGCCUGGUGGAGCUUGAGGAACAAUUCGCUCUCUGCAAGAAACAACUACAACGAGCCCAUGAUGAGUUGGCUGAGGAGCGCAUUAGUCGAGAGAUGGCCGAGUCACGCCUGCGUCUACAAGAAGAUCACCUGGCCGAGCUCCAGGAAGAGCUUAGGAGAAUCUCGGAAACGUCGUCCAAUCCCGACUCGCUCAGGACGGACGUGGCAAGCCUGCAGGCGGAGCUGGCCGAGGCAACCGUGAGGCUCCAGCGUCAGGAUGAGAUGCUUCGGCAGCGCGAGCGCGAGCUGACAGCCCUGAAGGGGGCGCUCAAGGAAGAGGUGGAGUGUCACGACCGCGAGAUGGAGACGCUCAGGGAGCAGUAUGGGGUCGACAUGCGCAACCUCAGGAAGACCAUGGAGCAACUGACACAGUCACAGGAGCAGAUUGAAGAGGAGCGCGAGCGCGUCAACGCCUCGCUGGUGAGCCUGGAGGAGGAGCUGGACUGCUGCAGGGAUCAGGGAGAACAGUGGAAGUCGCAGCUGGAAGCCACAUCACAAGAACUCCAAGAAACUCAAGAAAAGCUGCUGAAGUGUCAAUUGGAGAAGGAGGAGUUUGAGAGCAAGUUGAAGGAAGUCCAAGACCCGUCACUUGAUGUGCACAGGCGACGCUCCCCCUCUUCGGCUGAGGAUCUUCAACGUUGCCAUGACGAUUUGCGGCAAGCUCGUCUGGUUGCGGAUCAGCACAAGGACGCCCUCCGCGAUAAGAGCGAGACCCUUGAAGCUCUCAGGAGAGAGAACGGCGAGCGCGAGGCCCGACUCUUGGCGCAGAUCGACGACAUGAACGCGCAAAAGGCUGAGCUGGAGAAGGCCCUCCACAAAGCUAAAGAGGCAUCAUCUUCCACUUCAAUGGAUCAUAGCACCAACCUGGAGCUCCAAGAAACAAACACCCGCCUCAGAGAGCGAAUUGCCCGCAUGAGGCUGCAGUCGAGCGCGACCAGAAACUCCGAAGCCGAGGAGGCGAUGGAGGCCCUUGAGGACGAGAACCGCUCCCUCAAGUCGCAGCUGGAGGAAGCCAAACGAAGCGGGUCUCGCCUAGGCAAAGAGAGGGACGAGCUGACCCGCCGCCUGGAGGAAAGGGACCUUGAACGGGAGGCCCUGCGGCGAGGCAAAGGUGACCUGGAGGAGCAGAAGAGGCUGCUGGACCGAGCGCUGGAAAAGAUGAACAAAGAGAUGGAGGUGGUAAUGGGCGACUCGCGUCAGUCCGUGGCCGCCCUGCAGUCGCAACUGGACGAGUACAGGGAGCGUUCUAGGAAGGACUUGCUGGAGGCCCAACGCAACAACAAGGACAGAAUGGCUGAGCUGCAGCGGGCUCAGAGCAAUCUUAAGACCCAACAGGACGAGGUGUCCCGGCUGAAGAAGGAGCUCCUCAGCUGCAGCGAGGAGCGAGACAGCGCUCAGCUGGAGCGAGACCUCCUCAGCAACCGCCUCAAGCACUUGGAGAGCGAGCUGGAGUCGCAGAAGGGAACGCAUACGGACCGCAACCGAGAGAUCAGGUCGCUAGAGGAUAAAAUAAAGACCCUUGAGAUCGAGUUGGACGAGGAAAGAAGUAGCUUGGAGCUUUUGAACGAUCGCAUCGCACGCAGUCGAGAUCAGGUGGACCAGCUUCGCUCCGAGUUGAUGCAAGAGCGCUCGGCUCGUCACGACCUAGAGAUGGACAAAAGUGCCAUCGAGAGACAGGUUAAGGAGCUGAAGUCGCGUGUGGCCGACAUGGAAGGACAGACCCGACCUUCUGCCGGCAUUGCCGUGCUGGAAAGCAAAAUUCAGGAACUGGAGGAAAGGCUGCGCAGUGAAGAACGAGAGAAGAGCAGCAUGCAAGCCUCUCAGAGACGAACAGAGAGGAAACUGAAGGAGGUCAACGCCACGCUAGACCAGGAGAGGAUCCAGCAUGUAGAACAGAAGGAUCAGCUGACCCUGCGCGUAAAGGCUCUGAAGCGGCAGGUGGACGAGAGCGAGGGGGAGGUGGAGCGUCUGGAGGGAGUGCGCAGGAAGGUCUUGAGAGAGCUGGAAGAGCAACAGGAACUCCAGGAGGCGCUACAAGCCAAAGUCACGGCCCUGGAAUCGGAAUUCAAACGAAAGUCGCAACAUUCCCAUCGCAGCACUUUGGCCACGUUGAGCUCCGAGGACGACGACGCUUUCUACGACGUGAACAUGGCCGCCAUCUUGAACGAGGGCCACAAUCAAGGCUCCAACUGUUAA